GAAGCAGGUCAGAGUGUCUACUUGGCGAUCACAGCCUUGGUUCAUCACUUUUGCUUGGAUGUUAAAAUGUGCCAUGAGAUUCCUGAAGUCUUUGUUAUAAUGACGACUUUACAAAAGCAUCUAGGAGAAAAUUGUACUGCACUGGAGCUCGCGGAAAUCCAAAAGGUACAUCUUGUUUUGAAAGCUAUUGGAAAUGCUGGAGUGGCUGCUGCACCACUGAUCCCAACGCUGGCAUCUUGUGCUUUCUUGAAAAGUAACCCUACUUCAACAAGAGUAGCAGCGGUCGAAGCAUUCAGACGGAUACCUUGCUCAGCUAAUCGCACAGCAUUAAUCCAGCUGUAUCAAGACGCAGAAGAAAGCGCAGAAAUAAGGAUUGCUUCUUAUUACACAGCAAUGAAAUGCCCCAGCCAAGAACUUUUCCAGACGGUGCAACAUACACUAAAACUUGAGAAAUCAACGCAAGUGGGGUCCUUUGUUUGGAGCCACUUGUCACAACUGUUGGAGACAGAUGACCCUCUCAAACAGGACAUCGCAGAAGCUCUCCCUAGCGAUAUCUUAAGCAAGGACUUUGAGGGUGAAUCCUGGAAGUACUCCACAUAUUCAGAUGCCACGCUUCAUUCAGAAUCGGUGGGCGCUAAUGUAGAAAGCUCUUUAAUAUUCACACCAUCGUCCUUCAUUCCUCGUUCUGCAAUGGCCAAUCUUACGAUACACACAAUGGGCAGAGCAAUUAAUGUACUAGAGCUUGGCAUACAGUUAGAAAACGCAGAAGACCUUCUCAAGACCGUUUUUGGACGUCCUGCUUCUACUUUGAAUGAGAUGUUUGCAGCUAAGGGUGAAGAAGACAAACAGUUUGACUCUCCUGUGGAGACCAUCACAGCAGCAGAUGACUGGAAACACACAUCUACGAGAUAUAGCCACGGGGGGUCUACUGAAAAUGAACCCGAUCCACAAAAGAUGAAAAAAGACAAGUACAGCUGCCAGAGUGGAAAGUAUAACAAACUGAACGAGUUGCACCAGAAGUUUAAGAAAGGAAUGAAGAAAAACCGAGAACUUCAGUGCGGACUGAGCAUGAAGAUCUUUGGGAAUGAGCUAAGCUUUAUGGAUUGCGAGGGCUUUAGAGCUAAAAUGAAACAAUAUUCAUUGAGUAUGGCUGGGAUGGCAGUAAAACUUCUCAAGGGGCAAGAAUUUCAGUAUCAUAAGAGACUUAGUUUGGCAACAGAAGCGAUAACUUUUCCAGCUCUUUCUGGAUUUCCAGUUCAACUUUCUCUUAAUGCAACAGCAUCCAGCAACAUAAAGAUCAAAGGCACUCUAGAUUCGAAGCAACAAGCAAACUUUUUCAUCAAUGGGUACAUCAAGCCAAGUAUGUUACUUCAGCUUUCGGCCCAAAUGGGAGUUGUGGGCACAUUAGGGAAUAUUGGACUGAAAUGGAUAACUGGAUUAAAAGUAACGACCAGCUUGGAUGGUGGGAUCCAAGUGAAGCAUGGACAAGACCUUAAAGUUGUUCUUAACACUCCAGAGGAAUCUGUGGAGAUAUUUGAUUUCAGCUCCCAGUUAUAUAUGGUUACAGUCGGUGGACUAGAAAAAAUAACCAAACCGUUGGAUCAAAUUGAAAGGAAGUCCUGUAUGAGUGAAGAAGUGUCUAAAUUGCUCGGAUGGCAGCCAUGUUUGGAACUUUCAUAUCGGAAUACGUCCCGUGUUCUGUCAUUCCCAUUGUCUGGUCCAGCCAAAGCAUCCCUUGUUCUAAGUAAGCAUGACAAAGGAGUGAGGCAGUAUCUUCUGGAAGCUUCAUAUAAUUAUGUCUUUCAGAAGGAUGGAUGGUUUCCAAAUGAAGCGACAAUACACUUUUUCAUGGGGACACCAAAAUCCGAGUUUCAGAGGGAUGUUGGUAUAGACUUACAUUAUAAUGUCCAGAAUAGGAUAUUCAGUUUAAAGCUGAUCCACCCAAAGAAGAAAGUUCAGAUGGCUGGGAAAAUUGAGUCUUCUCGGAAUUCAAGAAAUGGACACGUGGAAGUAAUUUUGGAUGACAAGGAGAUUUAUUAUAUUAGGGGGAUGACUGACUUGCAAAUAGUUGGCGGAGAACAAAGGUAUUCAGCAAUGGUGGAAAUAAAGCUAACUAAGCAUGGGAGCCCCAUCAUCCUUUCUGGAAAUAUCACCAAACAUUUUGGAAAGAAGAUAGCCUUUUCAGUUGCACUGAAUAACUUGCUAAAGGAUACCGCAUUCCUUUCAGUUCUUCUUGACAGAAAAUCAGAUGAUAAAUUGAAGCAAUACUCUUUAGAAGGAGAAGCUUACAUCCCAGGAUUGUUUGGCUCAUACAUGAUUGGACUUCUGCAGCAACGAGGAAAUUUAUGGUCAAAUGCUGUGAGGCUUAAAUAUGGACUUUUAGGUGAUGCAAAACACCUUCGACAUGAAUGUGACUCCGGACAAAACCUAAAAAUGGAAGCAGAUUCUGAUGAUCAGUACAGGAUCGAGCUGCAGCAUGAAUUUCAAUGUACACAGAUACCUUCUUUUAAUCACAAGGUGCACAUGCAUCACGAGGAAUAUCCGCCUCAUAUACAUUCACAGUUGGAAGUGAGUUAUGGAAAGCACUGGGAUGAGAUCAACAACAAGAAGAAAGUAUUCAUCAGUCAAACCUUUAAAAACAACUCAAAUCCCUCAACAUCCAGCUACUUCAUGGAGUUCACCUUGCAAGUUGCAGAGAAGCAGGUGAAUUAUCGGACUCAGCUGCUACACACUCAUUCCCCGCUGGAGAGCAACACCAACUUCAAAGUGCAGUACAAUGACCGGAUGCCAUUUGUAGCUGGACUGCAGUGGAAGGACUCAUCGAGAAAUGACCUGCAGAAAUGGGAAGGCGCUUUCAGUAUGGACACACCAUGGAUAUAUCUGUACUCAGCUAUCAAACGCUAUCAGCCACAGCGCUACUCGUACCAGACCAUCAUGGAAAUAUCCGCAGGGAAGGCAAUUUCCAUCAAGAACCUUGUGCUGGAAAUGUUCCACAAAGACAAAGGAAGUGAGAAAGAGGGGAGAAUUCAUAUACACACACCUACGGUUACAUACCUAAGAGCAUCAACUGUAAAUGUCUUCGGCGGCAAUGCUUUCAGAAGUUAUAGUGAAAUGGUGUCACUGUGGAAUCAGCUGAUUAAGAAUGAAGUUCACCUGGAGAACAAUGAGAAAACAAAAUCAUUUUGCUUUAAAAUCAAGGGUUCAAAGCUGGAGUUUAACUUGACAGCUGAUUAUAGAAGUAUGGAAUUGCCAAAGAAAUCUAAUUUCUCAGUCAAGACUAUGUGGACAGACCAGAAGAUCCCACCGCUGGUUCUACAGCUGGACGGGCAGAUAGAAGAAGUCAAGAAAGAAAAGUUGUUUUAUCAGAAACAAGGAUUACUUCAUUUCAGACAUCCCUUUAAAUUGCCGGUCCCACAGAGUAUUGUUCUCCAGGAGACGUUUACAGUGGAUAAAAAGAAAAGGCAUUACAUGCUGGAAACCAAACUGCUUCUGGAUGGGGUAGAAGAAUGUAUCCAAACUGUUGUUCUCGGUUACCAUACAGACAAUCCCUAUAUCUGCGCUGGUUUUACUCAUCCCUUCAAGCUGAAGGCUUUACCCAACAACACUGACAUGUGUAUAUCUACUAAAAGGCACCCCAGCGGAAAAUAUGAGUUUGAAGCUACAGUGAAGACUAACAAGAAAGCUGCUUUUGGUUUGAAAGGCAAAUUGGAGAACAAAUCCAGCAAGAAAGAAUUUUGGCGUGUUUUACAAAUGGAUAUAACCCACUCUCUUCAGCUAAGGUUUCCACGUACUUUAAUCUUUGAUGGAGAGAUUUUCUCAAGGCAAAUAAAACAGGGUGAUUUUGAUCACGGCGUCCGAGGAAAAGUCAUUCUAAACACAAACGAUACUUUGGAGCUACUUAUUCGGUUAAAUAAAUCAUUGAAUGAAAUAGGAAUUCAUUCCAAACUCGCACAUCCCUAUCAGUUGAAUAUACCUCAAGAAAUCCAGCUACACGCCACAGGGAAAAAGAAUGGUGCAAGAAAUAUAAAUGGAACAUUUUCCAUCCAUUGGGGUGAUGAAGAAGUGAUAUUAAUAGAGGUUGAUGUGAAUAAUGACAACAAGAAGAAUAUUGGAAUAAUUGGUCUUAAUGCAUCUUUACAUCAAACCAUUGUGGAUUACCCAAAGCUUGCCCAAUUACAAAUAACAGGAAAAGCCUACCCUACAAGGUUUUCUCUUUUAUCUGAGGUGAAUGUCAAUGGCAAAACCGCACUGAUUGAUCUCUUGGGAUCCAAGGAUCUGAAAGUUGGCUUGGUUUUAUCAUUUAAGGGAAAUCUCAUGCACAACAUGGUUGAAUUGGCAAUGAUACCUCAACGUCUUGUUGUCGAUGGAUCUUUUAAGCAAAAGAAAAAUAUAUGUGAGGGUAACAUCACAUUUCAAAAGAAUCAGGAGUUGUACCAAAUUAAUCUUCGAAAUCGGAAUACGGAAUGGGAUAAUACCAGCCUCCGCAAUGUUACUUUCAGUUUGACCCAAAAUGGAUCGAGUGCACUGCCAGCAGAAACGAAACUCAGAGCUAGUUUACAUCUAGGGGAUUUGGAGAAAAAUGUGCAAAUCUGCUUUCUAGUGGAUGAUAGAUUGCUUUGUGUGGACCUUUCCAAUGCUGGAGAUCAAGAGCAACACGGGAUUAGAGGGACAUUGUCACACAACAUAAUCCCAUUACAGAAUGCAGGAAUUCCCAGGGAAGGCACAAUCGAGAUUACGCUUAACAAUACAAGUAAUAAUAGAACAUUUAGCUCAGCGUUGGAAAACGGAAGUAGUAGAAUUGUGGCUUCUAUGGGGAUAGAGAGAAACUCAACCCAGUCCCAGCUAAUUACUAAACUAAAGCACAAUGUCCAUAAAUUAAAAGAUCAUGGAAUCCCGUACAGUGUGGACGGCAUUUGCUACCAUGAGGGCUCAAGCAAAAGGUUUUUAUCGGGAGUGUCUGUUCUUGUAGAAGAUGAAGCUAUCAAAGCUGAAGUAUACAGAAAAAACACCGGAAUUGCAUCUGAAAUAAUUCUCUCUCUACAUAAUGACAUCAGCUCAAUAAAUAAUAUAAUUCCAUCAACUAUAAAGGUGAUUUGUAAUACAGAACUCUCUGCUAACUUACUGUAUGGGCACUGCCAUGGAGAGCUUACAAGAAAAACAUCAGAGAUUUCAGCUCCAGUGAAAGCUGUCUUUAAUGGAUCACUUUUGACUAAUGGCUACAAAACAAGUCUGUUUGGACUAGCCUCCUCCGGCGAUGCGUUUGUUAGGAUCAAUAUAAAUACUGAGUUUGGUUUGCACAACUCCAUGGAGAUUGGGUUGAAACACACAUUUUCUCAGCUUUAUGCUUUGGGAAUCGGCAAGGACAGCAAAAUAAAGAUUUCUACAAGCCGGCAAGGCAGAAAUGGUGCUCUGCUGGAUGUCGCAAUUGGAAAAUGUUUGUUUAAAGCCAUUUGUGAAGCUAAAAUUGACAGUAAUGUAGGUAACAUGUCCUCCUUGAACUGGACUACAUCGCUGCUUAACUCCUGCAACUAUCUUGAGAAACUGAACUUCCCAAAGAACCUGCAUCUGAAUGGAUCAUUCCAGAAGAAUCAAUGUGAUUUGGGUAUUUCUCUCAGACUAGAGUACGAAGGGAAAGACGCCAAGCUCAAUCUAAAAACAUCAUGUAACCCCUACACCAUUCAGGCCUCACUCAAUCACUCUAUGGAUCAUUUAAGUAACCUUGGCAUUCCCUUGGCAAACCAAGUCGUGUUCUCUGCAUUUACUGGAACGUCUGUUGGUGGCUUGGUUUCCAUACGAGCUGGACAAUGCAAGAUUAACGUAAAGACAGAUAUCACAUCCAGCAAUGCAACAAAAUGGAUUUUACAGACAGACACAGACUGCAAAUUAUUAAAGGAUCUGAAUAUCCCAUCACAAUCUGAAGUUAAUGGCUCUCUUAUGAUCAAUGGCUGCGAAGCAGAACUUCUCUGUGCUCUUACAUUCAAUGGAAACACGUCCGAACUUCAAAUAAGGUCAGGGUGUCAGCCAAAACGAAAAGUGGAGAUGGUGUUUAGGCAUAACCUGCCACUGCUGAAGGGACUGAGUGAAGAAACUAUGCUGUCGGUUGUUGUUGGGAAACACUCAAACCAUAAUGUUGACAUUUUAUUAAAAUCAGGAAAAUGCGCAUUUGAUGUAAAGGGAGAUAUUCACACGGAUCACAAACUUCAGUGGAAAAUGCUUCUGGAGAACAAGUGUAAAACUGUCCAGGACCUUGGUGCACCAAUGAAAAUAGAGGGUUCUGGCUAUAUUGUCGUAAACAAGAAAUCAAACCUGGAUUCACAAAUGUUAAUUGUUGUUGAUGAAAGUACAUUACAAGGAAUCCUAAUUGUUAAAGCAACUGAGAAAAAGCAAGAGUUGGAUGCAGUUCUCACUCACAAUAUUCAUCCUGCAAAAGCCCUGGGGUUGCCUUCGAGGACCAUGGUGGACUUGACAACAGAAGGAAACACUGAGCAAUAUAAAAGAUCCAUUCAGCUCAGUCUCGAUGAUAAACAGAUCAACGAGGAAAUGAGCUUUAUUCAGAAGGAUGACCACAUUGCUUUCCAUUACAAAAUAAUGCACAACUUGGAAAUACUAAAGCACUUGAGAUUUGAAAAUAUAAUGGAAAUGCAGGCAGUGGCUGAUUUGAAAGAAACAAGAAACCUAAGUGUCUCAGCUCACUAUGGAACAUAUAACGUGGGUGCUACAUUACAAGCUAAGGGGAAUGAAACAAGAACCAAUUUGACCGGGAGCGUCCGACACAACUGGCCCUGGUUACUACAUAAUGGAGUUCCUGUUUCCAUACAGACUUCUCUAGAUAUUGAAGCAACAGAUGAGAAGCAAGAGAUAGUGGUAUAUGUUGCAGGAGGACAGACGUUAAUCACGUAUACUGUGGCUUCUCUAAGCACAAUGAAGGACAGGACGGUCUUCUUUAGAAGUGUUCACAACAGCAAAUCUUUCCAGAUAAAUGGUUAUCCAAAAGUAAUACAUUUUCUGGCUGCGCUACAUAAAGAGGGAAACACAUACAAUGGCAACCUAGGGAUGGAAUUUGAUAAGAAAGCACUCAAUGUUAGUAUGAGCGCAAUUAAAGGAGAAAAGGGUAUCUUUGAAGUUACCACAAGGACAAAACAUUCUCUUCCGCUGCUUCUCAGCUUGGGAUAUCCUACUUCAACCCAGGUGUUACUUCACUUCAUUUUAACCAGCGUAGACGUUGGUGGGACUGUGAAGCUGAACUGGGAUCAAAGGACUAAAGUUUUUCUCAGUGCGCAUGCAAAAACUCAACAGCAGAGUAAUGAACUGAAUCUCAAAGCAGUGCAUAAUGUAUCAUUUCUGCAGCACUACAUCCCAAAGUCCAGCAACCUAAUGACAAGGGUAAACUACUCAGUGAAUGAAGCAGAAGGUAAAGUGUCGGUUACGGUGGAAGAAAGUGUAUUUCACCUGUUAACUCGCUUACGCAAUACAGGAACCAACUGCUCAAACAUCGUGCAUUUAAAACACUCUUUCCCACAGCUUAGAAAUGUCCCAAAUCUAAUAGAAUUCAACACUUUUUAUGAACAAAAUCAUAAUACAUGUCACUUGAGACAUGUGACUAUUUGGGGGAGCAAUGGGAUGACUUUGUUUGGAUCAUACACAGGACAGUUUCCAAAAUUAUCUGGUGGUCAUCAACUGUUGGGUGAGUUGUCACACUCUCUCCCCCUCCCAAUAAUACAACAUGCUAAAGUCAACAUCUAUUUAGAGCAUUCCGUCCACAACCAUCAGGAUCAGGUUUUCAUUGGCUGGAAUGGGAAAGACCAGGUGGAGUUCUUAUCUUCAUUGAAAAUUGGGAAGGAGAAAGUAGAUUGCAGAGCAAGCUUGAACCACCCUUUUAAUUUUUCAUUGAGACAUCUGGAAAUCAGUUCCUUAUCAGAAAGGAAAGGGAGCAAACAAACCCAACAGGCACAGGUUAUUUGGAAUAAAGGUCAACCUGUCAACGUCAGAGUCACCUUGGAUGAGCAAUUGAUGAAUAAUUCUAACAUUUGGAAUGCCUGUGUGACCCUUGUGCCAGGUCAGAUCAAACAGCUGCUGGGUGCCGGAAAUAUUCAGUUGUGUGGACAUCUGGAGAAAACAUACGACACAUUUCAUGAAUAUAUGGAGAUGAGAUGGGAUACCAAAAAAAUAAAACAAAAUCUGCUCUAUGAGAGACGCAGCACGCAGAGCCCUGACAGCCUCCAGUUAGAAGCCACAUUUGAAAAUAUAUUUGUAGUGACUUGUUCCAAGCAGCAUAUCCUAACCAAAAUAGACACCAAUUACUUGGAUACUCUGGACCACAUCCUGACUCUGGAAUUCUGUGAUCUUCCACAUCCUAUUGUAGUCUCUGGAACUCAUCGACUCCACAAACAAGAACUCAAGUCUGAAACGCGACUUAACUUCUCCCCAAAUGAGAGGGACGACGCAGUAUUUUCUUUAGCUUUGAUUGAUCAUGGAACAAAAGAUGCACAUAACCAUUCACUCAGCAUAAAGUUUAAAGCAUCGAGUGAUAUUCAGGCCAAAGUAACAGGACGAUAUGCAUCUUCAUCAGAUAACCAUGAAAUCCUCCUUGAGGGGAAGUUUGAAGACCACGAGAAAUGGUCCAUAGGAGCUUCCAAUGAUAAUAAAUGUAUGCAGGUUAACCUUUUUCAACAUGUGGAAGGGUCUUCAAAUAAAAGGGGAGUGGAGCUCUACGGGUGUGUAGAUGAUCAGAUUGCAUUGAAUACCUAUCUGCAGAUUAAUGGUACACAAGAAAAGUUAGGACACUUUGAAGUUUCCACCGCAAACCAGAGCCUGAGUCUGUCUUAUGAAGGCUGUGGAGAGGCUAUUGUCAAGCUAGAGAAUAUGCUGGGAAACCUUGCUUCACAUCUGAACACACAACUUGUCGAAAUUAAUACAAAGUUUCAGUCAUAUGUUGGUAGAUUUCAAAAAACUGUGCAGUCGUAUCACUUUCUCCAUGAAGCAGUUGGGUGGCCUUUGGCAGUCUCCCAAGACAUGGCCAGAGCCUUACAGUAUAAUCCAAAAGCAUUUCACCAGAUGUGGAAACAGAGUGGGCUCAGACAAAUGCUUCGACAUGAUCUUCCUUUAUACUUAGAAAAAAUGAAUAACUUAGUUCAACAAAUACAGAUUGAAUUACAAAGACCUCUUGCCACACUGAAGGAUGCUUAUUAUGAUGCAACCCUAAAACCUUUGGAUGAUGUUUGGCAAGAAAAAACAGAAGCUUAUCUCAAACAUAUCCAUGCUCUUCUCCCCAGCAUAGUGAAGGAUGAAUGGCUGAUGGAGCCAAUUAGAAGAGUUUUAGAUGGCAUACGGGCUGGAUUAGAUUUGGGGACUCACCAGAUUUUGAAAUGGACAGAAGCCAAGCUAUCUAGAGCAGUGGGCAAGAUCCGAAAACCUUUGAGCAACCUGUUCAGCUUUUCCAGCAACUGUUCUGUAACUGUGAAUUUCCCAAUGAUGCCCCAGGAUUAUCAGUUAACCGACCUACCAAAUUUCACACAUUAUAUUAUUGAGGAGAAACUGAUGAAGCCACUCAGAGAUCUGUAUAAUGUGAAUCCAGUGGCAGAGUAUUACAGAUUCAAACGGAGGAUGAUGGAAAGUCCUUUUGAAUACCAUGCCAUGUUGAUUGGAAGCAAGCACAUUGUGACUUUUGACGGAAAUAUUUUUGACCUUACAACAAAAUGUAGUGUGCUGCUGGCCAGAGACUUUGUCAACAACAAAUUUACAGUGAUAUUGAAUCAGGGAACCAGUACCACAAGAUCACUGCAUAUAGAUAUGGAUCAGGUUGCUAUUGAUAUACAUCCUGGACUCAAGAUAGAAGAGGACUGUCAAACCCUAGACCUUCCCUUCUCCAGGAACGGAAUCAUCGUAAAAAAAGAUACUUAUAAAAUUGAAGUUUCCAACGAAGAUGGAACAGCUGUGAGAUGUGAUAAUCUUCAUGAGAUUUGCAGUAUUACAAUAGCUGGAUGGAAUCACGGGAUUUCAGCAGGUCUUUUCGGCACCAACGACAAUGAAGCAGGGAAUGACCUUGUGUUACCAGAUCACUUGCAGAGUAACAGCACACAUGACUUUGCUCAGAAGUGGCAGGUUGACACUCAGUGUAGCUCGGGAAGAAAGAAAAUCAAGGCCUGUCCAAAUGUGCCGCACCAAAAACUGUGUAAAGUACUGUUUCAGGGAACCAACUCAGCUCUCAUGAACUGCUUCAAAGUAAUCUCCCCAGCAGUCUUCUACAGAAUGUGUAUGGAAGAUGUAUGUGACUCACACGAGAUCAGACCGGUCUGUAACCUGGCAGCUGCAUACGUCCAGUUGUGCAACAGAAAUUUUGUCCCCAUAGAAAUUCCUUCCCAAUGUGUUUGAAGAUUUGCAUACGUGUUUACAGCUAAAGUUGUUGAGAUACAGAAUAUAUCUUUUUCAAGACAUCUUUGUAAGAGGAUAAUCAUAGUCACAUCAAGGAAACCUCAAAUCACGGUUGACUAACCAAAAUUAUUGUUUAGUAGUUUAACAGGGUACAACCAUGAAUUUAUUUAACAGUUUGCCUGUUUACACAUGUACUGUUGUGGCACAUUUUAUAUUUUUAAUAAAGAAUUUUCUUUUGA